CUCGAUUGCUCUUGUCUGGCGGCUGCAGCAUGGCGGCGGGGGCGGCUGAGGCGGCGGCGGCUGUGGUGGAGGUCGGUUCAGCCCGGCAGUUUGAGGAGCUGCUGCGCCUCAGAGCCAAGUCUCUCCUUGUGGUCCAUUUUUGGGCACCAUGGGCUCCGCAGUGUGCUCAGAUGAACGAUGUGAUGGCAGAGUUGGCCAAAGAGCACCCUCAAGUUUCAUUUGUGAAGUUGGAAGCGGAAGCCGUUCCUGAAGUAUCUGAAAAAUAUGAAAUUAGUUCCGUUCCCACCUUUCUGUUUUUCAAGAAUUCUCAGAAAAUUGACCGAUUAGAUGGUGCACAUGCUCCAGAGUUGACCAAAAAAGUUCAGCGACACGCAUCUAGCGGCUCCUUCCCACCCAGUGGUAAUGAGCCCCCAAAAGAAGACCUCAACCUGCGCCUGAAGAAAUUAACUCAUGCCGCCCCCUGCAUGCUGUUUAUGAAAGGAACUCCUCAGGAGCCCCGCUGCGGUUUCAGCAAGCAGAUGGUGGAAAUCCUUAACAAACAUAAUAUUCAGUUUAGCAGUUUUGACAUCUUCUCAGAUGAAGAAGUUCGUCAGGGCCUCAAAACCUAUUCCAACUGGCCCACCUACCCCCAGCUCUAUGUGUCUGGGGAGCUCAUAGGAGGACUUGAUAUAAUUAAGGAGCUGGAAGCCUCUGACGAACUAGAUACAAUUUGCCCCAAAGCCCCCAACUUGGAAGAAAGGCUCAAACUACUGACAAAUAAAGCUUCUGUGAUGCUGUUUAUGAAAGGAAACAAACAGGAAGCAAAAUGUGGAUUCAGCAAACAAAUUCUGGAAAUACUAAAUAAUACUGGUGUUGAAUAUGAGACAUUUGAUAUAUUGGAGGAUGAAGAAGUUCGGCAGGGGUUAAAAACGUUCUCCAAUUGGCCCACGUACCCUCAGCUGUAUGUGAAAGGGGAGCUUGUUGGGGGUCUGGAUAUCGUUAAGGAACUGAAGGACAAUGGUGAGCUGCUGCCAGUACUGAAAGGCGAGAACUAGAGGCUCGUGCGCUCGGCGCCCGGCUGCUGCAGGAAGCGCUUCAUCUCGGUGGGGCCGCUCACGACUCCGUGUCACAGGUGGGCGAGGAGCAGAGACUGCUUCUCACCCAGUUAUGCUCUGUGUACGUCACAAGCUUGUGCUAAAUAUAUGUAUGUUUUGUUUUUUCCACCAAACGUAGAAUGCAAUAAACAUCUUCAACAUCCAAUUAAAAGUA